GACAGGGGCGGGGGACGGUACAGGGAGAAGGCGGCCCUGGGGAGAGGGGCAGGACAGGUGAGAGGGACAGGACAGGUGAGAGGGGCGGCAGCCGCCCCACCGCAUCCCUGAGCCAGAUCCCGCCGGGGGCUGAGCCCUACAGGGCUGGACCCUCCUCGGGGUGCAGCGAGGGCAUGUGACGCUCCAUGGUGGGGACUGGUGUUUUCUGGGGUGGGGGGAACGUUGCCGAAGAGGCUGGAACCGCUAGGGGGGCGUGCUUGAGGGCCGGGGCUCCGCCGGCCACAGGUGGCCGCGGGGACCCGAGCCCGCCUGGGGAGAGGCUGGGAGGUCCCGGGGGUCCCCGGGAACACCCGGCCGGGGCUGCUCACCCACCCCUCCACUGCCCCCGAGGCUUCUUGUCUGCGCGCGGCUCCCGUCCCCGCCCGCGGUGGACGCGCCGCCAUCUUUGUGCGGGGCAGCGGCGGCCCCGGACUCACGGAGGGGGCGGGCAGGGAGCGGCGGGGGCGGCACGGCCGGGCCGGCGGCGGCGAGCGGGCGCCCUCCGAGUCCGAGUCACUGAGGAGCACCACGGUGUCGUCCAUCCCGGCGGCGGGUGGCGGCUCCGCCCCGCCCGUGGAGACGCGCCAGGCGCGGGGUGGUGGCGGAAGUGCCGUCGGGCGCCGUGCCGGGGCGGGGCGCGGUGCCGGCCCCGCCAUGGCGGUGUCCCCGUACGUGCAGGCCAUGCAGGAGCUGUUCCGCGCCAACACGCGGAGCCGCGAGUUCCCCGCGCACGGCGCCAAGGUGCAUUCGGUGGCCUGGAGCUGCUGCGGCCGCCGCCUCGCCUCCGGCUCCUUCGACAAGACCGCCAGCGUCUUCCUGCUCGAGAAGGACCGGCUGCGUCCGGGGACAAAACCAUCCGCAUCUGGGACGUCCGCACCACCAAGUGCAUUGCCACUGUCAACACCAAAGGUGAGAACAUCAACAUCUGCUGGAGCCCCGAUGGACAGACCAUCGCCGUGGGGAACAAGGAUGAUGUGGUCACCUUCAUUGACGCCAAGACGCAUCGCUCCAAAGCUGAGGAACAGUUCAAGUUUGAGGUGAACGAGAUCUCCUGGAACAACGACAACAACAUGUUCUUCCUCACCAACGGGAAUGGCUGCAUCAACAUCCUCAGCUACCCAGAACUGAAACCCAUCCAGUCCAUCAACGCCCAUCCUUCCAACUGCAUCUGCAUCAAGUUUGAUCCCAUGGGGAAGUAUUUUGCCACGGGCAGUGCUGAUGCCUUAGUCAGCCUUUGGGAUGUGGAUGAGCUGGUAUGUGUGAGGUGCUUCUCCAGGCUUGACUGGCCCGUGCGGACACUGAGCUUUAGCCAUGAUGGGAAGAUGCUGGCAUCGGCAUCAGAAGAUCACUUCAUUGACAUUGCCGAGGUGGAGACAGGAGAGAAGCUCUGGGAGGUGCAGUGUGAGUCCCCUACCUUCACAGUGGCCUGGCACCCGAAGAGGCCACUACUGGCCUUCGCCUGUGAUGAUAAAGAUGGCAAAUACGACAGCAGCCGGGAGGCUGGCACCGUCAAGCUCUUCGGGCUCCCCAACGACUCCUGAUGAAGCUGCACCUGGGGAGGCAACACCUGCCUACUCUUGGAAGUGGGAGCUUAGUGUAGGUGGGGCAAAGAGUUGACUCCUCUCCUUGGCAGCCUGGCAGGGCUGUGACCUCGGGCUCGGCUCAGUGCAUCCUGCUCUUGGGAGCAUUUAUAAAUAGGCAGCUGUGUGAUGGGGAUGAUGGGGGUGCUGGCAGGCCCCCCCUCUGCCGCCUCCUCUCUGGAGCAUGGGGAGCUUGUUCCAAAGGCAAGUGGCCAAAGAAAAUCAGUUGCUGGAGGUGGCUGCUGAGGGGCCUUCCAUGAGAGGAGCUCCUCUCUGACCAGUCUCCCCAGCAGUGAUAAGCUAUGUGACUGUCCCCUUGUCCCCAACAGCCUGGUGGCGAGGGCAGCCCUGGGAGCACAGCCUGCCCCUUUUCUUCCCAGACAUACCAUGUCCCUUCCCUGUGCUGGGGCAGUGAGGAGAUGGUGAAGGGAUGCAAGCUGGGAGAUGUUUCCCCAGCUGGGGCUGAGUUUUUUUAAUACUUGUUUUUUUCUAAUUUUGAUAAAUUCUCUUCCUUAACGAA